AUGAAAUACGUCGCUGCAUACCUUCUUGCAAUUGCUGGUGGAAAUGCUACUCCAUCUGCUGCAGAUGUCAAGGCUAUCCUUGAAUCCGUUGGCGCUGCCGUCGAUGAACAGAAACUCAAUCAUGUUAUUGCCAAAUUCGAGGGCAAGAACAUCGAAGAACUCAUCGAAGAGGGUGCUAAGAAGAUGAUCUCAACAGGCGCCGCUGUUGCUGCUGCUCCAGCUGCCGGUGCUGCUGGCGCUGCUGCUGAAGAGGCUCCAAAGGAAGAGGCUAAGGAAGAAGAACCAGCCGCCCCACUCGACCUUGGUGACAUGUUCGAUUUCUAA